CUUGCACUUCCGCGGACAAAAGGGCACGUCGCUGGUGCGGGCCGCACCCCAAGAAAGCCUAAAAGCUGAAAGACAUGGGGUGGGGUGCCCGCCAUCCCCCGCCCCCGUCCCCACUCCAGCUCCUGAGCGCUGUCCAGCCCACUGAAACGCCCCGGCACAGCCACGGCUGGAGUCGUGGGCGCCGACGGGCGACGCCGUGAUGACGCCACGUGUCACGGUGACGCACGACAUAGGCGACCUUCUUUGGGAGCGCAGCCGGCGCGCCCGUUUUGAAGCUGCCCUGAGCUGGGCGGGCCCCGCCGCGGUCCGGCCUUCCGCCUCCGCCGAGCCCCCGAGUCCGCGCAGCCCCUGGGCGGGGCGCCGCCCUACCCCUGACCCAUGACCCCGGGCCAGCGACGCCCGCCGGGCAGUUGACUCCACACCGGACCCCGGGCCCGCGACGCCCGCCGGGCCGGCCGCCUUCACCCGGGACCACGGGUCCGGGACCCCCGUGGGGCUCGUCCCCUCUGGCGGCCGUCGCCUACUACGCGGAGGUCCUUUCAGGCCGGACUUCGGUCCCGGCUCCAGGCACCUGUGCAGGAGGAAGGAGUCCCCCUGGAAGGUGGGUCCGAGCCCCGGAGAUGCCGCCCGGCAAAGUCCUGCAGCCCGUCCUGAAGAUGAAGGUGGACGAACUCUUCCUGUGCUGGCUCAGCGAGUCCAGCACGCAGGCAAUGCUCCAAGACUGCUUGCAGAGGAUCAAGAUGCCCGGGGGACCCGUGGGGGUCGGGGGAGACGCAGGGCAGCCCGGGCCCCCGUUCGCAGCCCCGGCCCUUGCCUGCAGGCCGCGCGGGUUGGAUAGCCCAGGGGCGCCCAGCCUGUCCCCGGCGUCCACCGCUCUCCCCCUGGGAGCCGCCUCUAGUGCCCGGAGUGGACCACCUGUUCGAGGGCCUCGUCGAUCCGCAGGGACGAGAGUAGUCCAGACGAGGAAGGAACAGCCCCUGCCGCCCGCUGCCAGCCUGAGCAUCCCCACGUUCUACUUCCCCCGAGGCCGCCCGCAGGACGCAGUGAACGUAGACGCCAUCAUCGCCAAGAUCGAGAGGACUUUCGCCCAGUUCCCGCACGAGAGGGCCACCAUGGGGGACAUGGGCAGAGUGGCCAAGGCCUGCGGCUGCCCGCUCUACUGGAAGGGGCCGCUCUUCUGCGGCGCCGGUGGAGAGCGCACGGGCUCCGUCUCCGUGCACAAGUUCGUCGCCAUGUGGAGAAAGAUGCUCCAGAGCUGUCACGAUGACGCGGCCAAGUUCGUCCACCUGCUCGUGAGCCCCGGCGGCAGCUCCCUGGCGCAGGAGGACUUCAUCCCCUUCUUGCAGGACGUGGUGAACACCCACCCGGGCUUGGCAUUCCUGAAGGAAGCAUCAGAGUUCCACUCCCGCUACAUCACCACGGUCAUACAGAGGAUCUUCUACACGGUCAACAGGUCCUGGUCUGGGAGGAUCACGUGCGCAGAGCUCCGGAGGAGCACGUUCCUGCAGCCGGAGGUUCCUGGCAGCGGUUUUCUGGGUGUGUCCUGGCAGAACGUGGCGCUCCUGGAAGACGAGGUGGACAUCAACCAGCUGACGGAGUUCUUCUCCUACGAGCACUUCUACGUCAUCUACUGCAAGUUCUGGGAGCUGGACACGGACCACGACCUGCUCAUUGACGCGCAGGACCUGGCCCGGCACAAUGACCACGCCAUAUCUACCAAGAUGAUCGAGAGGAUCUUCUCGGGAGCCGUGACGCGAGGGAAAAAAGUGCAGAAAGAAGGAAAAAUAAGCUACGCUGACUUUGUCUGGUUCUUGAUCUCCGAGGAAGACAAGAAAACCCCGACCAGCAUUGAGUACUGGUUCCGCUGCAUGGACCUGGAUGGGGACGGGGUGCUGUCCAUGUUCGAGCUGGAGUACUUCUAUGAGGAGCAGUGCCGCCGGCUGGACAGCAUGGCCAUUGAGGCCCUGCCCUUUGAGGACUGCCUGUGCCAGAUGCUGGACCUGGUGAAGCCCCAAAGCGAAGGGAGGAUCACGCUUCACGACCUGAAGAGGUGCAAGCUGGCCAGUGUCUUCUUCGACACCUUCUUCAACAUCGAGAAGUACCUGGACCACGAGCAGAGAGAGCAGAUCUCCCUGUUCAGGGAGAGUGAGAGCGAGGGCCCCGAGCUGUCUGACUGGGAGAGGUACGCCGCUGAGGAGUACGACAUCCUGGUGGCUGAGGAGGCCAUGGGGGAGCCCUGGGAGGACGGGUACGAGGCGGAGCUCAGCCCCGUGGACCAGAAGCUGAGCGCGCUGCGGUCUCCGCUGGCCCAGAGGCCCUUCUUCGAGGUGCCAACCGGCCUGGGCGCCGUCGAGCUAUAUGAGUACGAGCACGGGGGUGACGACCUGCCGCCCUCGUGACCUGUGGCCUCCGUGGGGCGUGAACGCGGCCUCUGCCUCAGGAGCAGAACUGUGUGCUUGUUGAGCCCUUUUACAGACAGUGAAGUGCGUUUGUAUGGAGAGACCUUAUUUAUUCAGCACAGAAGCUGGCCAGAGGUGGUCACGGUCACUGAGGUGGGUCCCCACCGCCCUGGAGGAGCUGACGCGCGUGCGAGAGCCCCAGGCCCAGCCUGGCGGUGAGGACGCACGCGUCCCAGCGUCCCCAGCGGUCAGGGUGACCUUGGCCCCACUGUCCAGCUUCCAAGUGUAGGUGUUUGCAGGCUCGCGUCGUCUGGCUGAGCGGCAACCAGGCGCCGCCCCAGAAGAUCUGCCUGCGGUCGUGGAUGUGCGCUGACUUCGGGGAGGGGUGUGGUCGUCAGGAACAUUCCAGGAGCCCCUGCGCCUCCAUCCCGUGGGCGCCCCCGCAGGGGCCACUGUCCCGGCCGCAGCUUCUCCCCCAGAGGGAGCGCCCACAUCAGCAUAUCUUUUAUUGUUUUUGUGUAAAUGUACAGCAUAUGUAAAGUUGAGUUUUAUUUGCCGUGCAGAGCAGUUUAAAAACGUUUUAUGAGAUCACGUUUGUAUUUUCAAAUAAAGAAUUUAAAGAUU